AUGAACCCCAUCUGGCCCCUCGUCAACUCCACGCUCAAGCUCAGGAACUUCCGCUCCGACUUCGACGGCCUCGCGGAGAACGUCUACAAGGAGAAGGGCGGCAUCUACGGCAGAGCGUACGUGCAGAAGAGACUCGACCGGUUGGACGAGGUGGAAGAGGGCGGCGCGAAGCUCUCCGCCAAGCUGCGCCCCAGCGGCCAGGACGACAUGUCCAUCCUCGCCAUGCAACGCCUCAACAACCACAUGCCCAACGGGCCGGCGUCGCCGGUGGACAUGAUCCUGGACUACUUCAAGCACGACUACGAGUUCGCGGAGCCGCCGCGGGUGACCAGCCUGCAAAACGUGGUCCCUCUCGCCACCUUCAGGGACUUCGGGGACGACGUCUACUUCGUCGCCGACCAGCGCGGCUACGAGGCCGUCGUGCACCACCUCGCCGGCCAGUACCUCAAGGCCGACAAGUCCGGUGACAUCGUCGACCCCCGCCUCCAGCUCAACAAGGUGGUGAGAGAGAUCUCCCACUCCGGGAGCGGCGUCGCCGUCAAGACGGAGGAUGACAAGGUGUACAAGGCUGACUACGUCAUGGUCUCCACCAGCGUGGGGGUCCUGCAGUCCGAUCUCAUACAGUUUAAGCCACGGCUUCCUGCGUGGAAGAUCCUCUCGAUCUACCAGUUCGACAUGGCCGUGUACACCAAGAUCUUCGUCAAGUUCCCCCGCAAGUUCUGGCCCGAAGGGAAAGGGAGGGAGUUCUUCCUCUACGCGAGCAGCAGGAGAGGCUACUACGGGGUGUGGCAGGAGUUUGAGGCGCAAUACCCAGACGCCAACGUUCUCCUGGUCACCGUCACCGACGAGGAGUCGAGGCGUAUCGAGCAGCAGUCGGACAACCAGACCAAGGCGGAGAUUGUGGAGGUGCUGAGGAGCAUGUUCCCCGGCGAAGACGUCCCCGACGCGACGGACAUACUCGUGCCGCGGUGGUGGUCCAACAGGUUCUACAGGGGCACCUUCUCCAACUGGCCCAUCGGCGUCAACCGCUACGAAUACGACCAGCUCAGGUCACCGGUCGGCAGGGUUUACUUCACCGGGGAGCACACCAGCGAGCACUACAAUGGUUAUGUCCAUGGAGCUUAUCUUUCAGGUAUUGACUCUGCAGAUAUUCUGAUCAAGUGUGCCCAGAAGAGGAUGUGCAAAUACCACAUCCCGGGCAAAUUUGACUAG